CACAGACUCGCCGAGGUAGAACAAGGCUGCUCAGCUGGACUGCAAGGAAGAAAAGCAAAAACCUUCUGGGUAAAAAGAAACAACCACCUCCAGACUGACUAGAGAGCAUCAAAGAAAAAGAACCAGCAGGACAAUGAUCACAAUAGGGACAUUUUUGUGUUUUUUGCUGCUUGCUCUGCUGAUUCUCUUCUUCCUGAGGCAACUCUGGUUCCGAAGACAUUUGCCUCCGGGUCCUUUGGCUCUACCUCUCAUUGGGACCUUGUGGGCUGAUGGAUUUUGGCUUCGUGAAGAUUACUUCCUUAAGCAUGUAAAACAAUAUGGAAAUCUAUACAUCAUGUCAUUUGGGCAUUACCUUCUAGUCGUGCUAUCUGGAUUCAAAGCUGUGAAAGAAGGAAUGACCAGAUUCCCGGAAGAAUUCUCUGGACGACCAAGGGAUCCUUUCUUUGAAAUUUUAGGGAAAGAAAAGGGAAUUAUUCUUUCCAAUGGCCACACCUGGAAACAGCAGCGACACAUUGGGGUCACUUCUCUGCGGAAACUCGGCCUGGGGAAGAAAAGCAUUGAGCAUCAGAUAGAAGUUGCAGUUCAAACAUUGGUGGAGAACUUUAGACAAACAGAAGGACAACCAUUUGACCCAUCCCUUCUGGUACUAAAUGCAGUUUGUAAUGUCAUCUGUGCUUUGAGUUGUGGACAGCAAUUUGCUCCUGAAGACGAAAACUUCCAGAAGCUAACUCAAGCCCUUAAAACUCUUUUGAAAUUCAUUGGUGACUUUUAUCAUACGGUAUAUGAUACGUUCCCAUGGUUAAUGAAGUACCUCCCUGGCCCCCAUAAAGAAGCUGUGGCUUCUAUGAAUUUGAUCCUCUCCUUUGCAAAGCAGGAAAUAGAGAAACACAAGGAAUCCCACUGUCUGCAUGAGCCACAGGAUUUCAUUGACCACUAUCUGCUUCAGAUGGAGAAGAGCAGGAAUGACCCCAACUCUACCUACAAUGAAGAUAACCUGGCUCGGUGUAUUUUUGAUUUUUUUGCUGCUGGGACAGACACAACCUUUGCUACUCUGAUGUGGGCACUGCUCCUCUUGACAAAUCAUCCCGAUAUCCAAGACAGAGUCCAGAAGGAGAUUGAAGAUGUGUUUGGCUUCUCAGGGUCAAUUUCCUAUCAGGAUCGGAAGAAGCUGCCCUACACCAAUGCCGUGAUUCAUGAAAUGCAACGUUUAAAAUAUAUCUUGAUAGUUGGAGUUCCCAGGCAAAGUAUAAAGGAUGUGAAGAUGAGAGGUUAUCUUAUUCCAAAGGGAAGCUUUAUUGUCACAGACCUGCGCUCCGUUCUUCUUGAUCCUGAACAAUGGGAGACACCUAAAGAAUUCAACCCAAAUCACUUUUUAGAUAAGGAUGGGAAGUUCGUUGACCGAGAAGAGUUUCUGUCAUUUGGAAUAGGUCAGCGUGCAUGUGUGGGGCAGCAGUUGGCAAGAAUUGAGAUCUUCAUCUUUCUGACCAGCCUGUUAAGGGCCUUCAGCUUUCAGUUGCCUCAAGGAGUGAAAGAACUCAAUGAAGAACCUGUUGUAAGAGUGUCAAUGCAUCCACACCCUUAUAAACUGUGUGCUAUUCCCAUACAUUCUUAAACUUAAACACCAUAAAAAGCAUAACAUUAAUUAUAGGCUAGCUAUUCAGUAUGUUACUGUUUCCUAGAUAGCUACUCACUUAAUAGGAUGUUUUGCUUCUGUUAACUCCACACUUAAACUUCUUUAACACCUUGCUGGGUUCAAAG